UCUCAUUUUUUCUCUCAUUUCCUGUCAACUUUCUCUCUCUUCUCUCUGCCAUUCUUCCUCGUUCUUCUCUCUGGUUUUCCCGGCGACUCGCUGAAGUUUGUUGCCGGAAUCCGUCUCGGAUAGCCUCUUUCAAGCGAGAGUUCUGAUUUCAGAUACCAAAACCCAACGACUGAGAUCUCCUCACUCUUGCGAUGGAUGGACCUCAAGAAUUAAAUUUGAGAAAUGUAGAUUCGCAGAGCACCAUAUCUGAGCAUGAAGACUUCGAUUUCUCACGGCUUGACAGGCCGAGGACACUAAAUAUAGAUAGGCAGAGGUCCUUUGAUGAGAGGUCUCUUAGUGAGUUAUCUAUCGGUGUGUCUCCUCGCUUUGGUGCCAGAAACUCAGAGGCAAACAGGAGCUUGGAGAACCUCGACAGCUUAUGCUCACCAGCCAUAAGGUCUGGUGUUAAUACUCCUGCAUCUUCUGCUCGUAACUCCUUUGAACCACAUGCAAUGGUUGCUGAAGCAUGGGAUGCGCUUCGACGUUCACUGGUUUAUUUUCGUGGGAAACCGAUAGGCACCAUUGCUGCACUAGAUAACACAGAGGGAGCGCUAAAUUACGAUCAGGUGUUUGUUAGGGAUUUUGUCCCAAGUGCAUUGGCCUUUUUGAUUAAUGGCGAACAUGAAAUAGUCAAGGAUUUCCUGUUGAAAACUCUCCGUCUUCAAGCAUGGGAGAAAAAAAUAGAUCGUUUCAAGUUGGGAGAAGGAGUAUUACCAGCUAGUUUCAAAGUCCAUCAUGACCCUGUUCGCAACACUGAUACACUAGUAGCUGAUUUUGGUGAGAGUGCAAUUGGAAGGGUGGCUCCCGUGGAUUCUGGAUUCUGGUGGAUUAUCUUGCUCCGUGCAUAUACAAAAUCUACGGGGGACUUGUCACUGGCAGAAACACCUCAGUGUCAAAAGGGGAUGAGGCUUAUACUGACGCUAUGUCUCUCUGAGGGAUUCGACACAUUUCCCACCCUUCUUUGUGCUGAUGGAUGUUCGAUGAUUGAUCGUAGGAUGGGUAUUUAUGGCUAUCCCAUUGAAAUUCAAGCACUUUUUUUUAUGGCACUGAGGUGUGCUUUGGUAUUACUUAAGCAAGAUCAAGAAGGGAAAGAGUUUGUGGAACGAAUUGUGAAGCGUCUGCAUGCCCUAAGUUAUCACAUACGGAGUUAUUUCUGGCUUGAUUUUCAGCAACUAAACGGUAUAUACCGCUAUAAAACUGAGGAAUACUCACAUACAGCAGUCAACAAGUUCAAUGUUAUUCCUGACUCAAUUCCGGAUUGGGUUUUUGACUUCAUGUCAAUGCGUGGAGGUUACUUCAUUGGAAAUGUGAGUCCUGCAAGAAUGGACUUUCGUUGGUUUUGCCUUGGUAAUUGUGUUGCAAUUCUAUCAUCUCUCGCAACACCAGAACAGUCUAUGGCUAUUAUGGAUCUUAUAGAAGAGCGAUGGGAGGAACUGGUUGGAGAAAUGCCCCUGAAAAUAACGUAUCCCGCAUUAGAGAGCCAUGAAUGGCGGAUUAUAACAGGUUGUGACCCAAAAAAUACCAGAUGGAGCUACCAUAAUGGUGGAUCAUGGCCAGUUUUAUUGUGGUUGCUUACUGCUGCCUGUAUAAAGACCGGCCGACCCCAGAUUGCACGCAGGGCCAUUGAACUCACAGAAAGCAGGUUAGCCAAAGAUAACUGGCCCGAAUAUUAUGAUGGUACGCUUGGUAGGUUCAUCGGUAAACAAGCUCGCAAGUUCCAAACAUGGUCGAUUGCUGGUUAUCUGGUGUCGAAAAUGAUGCUUGAAGACCCUUCUCAUUUGGGAAUGAUUUCUCUGGAAGAGGACAGGCAGACGAAGACUUUUAUCAAGAGAUCAGCUUCUUGGACAUUCUAAAGGACUUGAAUGAUUGUAAGGGAUAAAGAUUGAAAGAGAAGAGGAGAGGAACAUUCAAGAAAUCACAUGUGGCUCACAUUCUUUUGUGGAUUUUUUGAGGGGUUGGAGGAGCGCUGCAAGAGAGGCUUAUGCAUUGUGAGGCUCCUCAUUUAAAUGUGUUUCUGUACAUUAUUGAGUGCGGCAGCUCGAAUAAAUGCUGUAUUAUUGAAUUGCUCUGGAAUCUUCAAAUUCAUUCAUUCAUUCCCAUUUAGCAGGUAAUUCUUUCUUGGUUAGGGGUUUGGGUUUUGAAAAUCGGAAAAUUUUGGGCCUUAGUGAUGUGAGGUCUCACUAUACAAACCAUGUACAGCUAAAAUCUUGUGGAAACUGCACUUUAAAACCAUGCAA